AUGACGCGUUGCUUGAAACCAGUGAAAGAGCUCUGCUCAACGGCUGAGGAACUUCGACUCAGGCAUGGCACGCAGCACCUGCUUAUAGAAAGGAUUUUACCGAAUGAUCGCUUGACGGACGAGCUGCAGUAUGGUUGUCAGUUUAGUCCAUCUUUCGAGCCUGUGAGGCAGAAUGCGGUGGUCCAGUCGGUCGAAGACUUUGGAGAAGUCGAGAAAAAUAUGGAUUCUGCAAGAUUCUAUGGCAUCAAAUCAAGACAUACCGACGUUCCUAUACAACCAUUACUUGAUGUCUCUGAGGACACUGAACUAUCGUCUUCUGAUGAUGAAAACAUGCCAGAAGCACGCAUUCAUCCUGAUCCAUCUGCUUCACACACUGACUCCGAUGACAAUGCGGAUCCCGAUGAAUUGGUUGACCCCUAG